AUGAACACUUUAUCCGCUACAAGCAUUGAAGAGAGUGAUAUUCCAAGCAUGUCUUCACAUAUUGUGAACUCGUCUCAGGAUGAGGCGAAGAAAUGGGUGAAAUUUUGCAGUGAUUUUACUGCAAGUGAUGGAAAACAGCACGCAUUGCUUGAUAAUCUGAAUCAGGAUUUGUCCCAGAAGUCUGUACUACUGGAUGAUGGUUUUAAAAUAUCAGCUGCUGAUAAUGAUGUGUUUGCAACUGUUCAUCCUUUUGUGAUUCGUGUUAGUGACAGCGAGUUGCCGAAAUAUCCGCAUGUAUUGCGGUGGAUGGACUACAUUCAGAACACUGUUGGUUCUGGUUCAACUUUGCAAAAGAUAAAUGUGGUCAAGUCUGUCUUUGAUCCACCUUCUCAUCCAAAGAAAGCUGAUAAAGGAGAUGCUGAAUCAAGUUCGAAGAAAGCCAUUUCUGGACAGAAGACUGCUGACAAGUCAAAUGGAAGUGCUGACUCAAAGAAACCUGCAGGGGAGACUAAGCCUCCUGAAAAUAAGGAGAAUCCUACUGCUGCGGGGAACAACAAAACCUCUGGGGAGAAAAAGAAAGAGAAAGAGAAGUCAGCAGGAAAAACAGCAGAGAAAGCUCCAGAGAAAGUUGCAGACAAGGAAUCAGAGUGCAAUAUCAGUAUCCUGAAUAUACAGGUUGGCCUUAUCCGUAAAGCAUGGAAGCACCCAUCUGCUGACAGCCUUUUGGUUGAGGAGAUAGAUUUGGGAGAUGGUAAUGUGCGUCAAGUUGUUAGUGGUCUUGCGAAGUACUGCAGCCCGGAUGAUCUAACUAAUCGGCAUGUUGUCUUGAUCACGAAUGUGAAGCCUGGGAAGCUGCGGGAUGUUAUGUCUGCUGGAUUGGUCCUGUGUGCUUCAACUGAAGAUCAUACUGCUGUGGAGCCUUUGAUUCCUCCAGAAGGAGCCAAGAUUGGAGAACGUAUUUCGUUUGCUGGGUUUGAUGGGAAGCCUGAAGAUGUUCUAAAUCCAAAGAAAAAGCAGCUGGACAAGAUUACCCCGCAUCUUCGUACCGACGAGAAUGGAAUUGCUACAUUCAAAGGUGUACCCUUUACUACAUCAGCUGGCCCAUGUAGAUCUUCGAUUCGCAACGGAAAUGUUAAGUGA